AUGCCAAGCAUGAACCUUACCACCAAAUCGUCGCACAGUACCUCAGCCGAUAACUCAUCAACCUCUGAUUACAGCUUGGGGCUCCCAGUUGACAUACCUCCAAUAACUCUGGGAAUAUUAAUCCUCUUGGCCAACGGCUUCGUCAUAGUUUUAGUAGCAAGGGAACAAAGAUUAAGAAGUUUAACAAACUUGUUGUUGUGCAGCCUGGCUUUAUCAGACCUCCUAACCGGGGUGAUCAGUAUACCAUUGUUUCUGAUGUGCAACUUAUUACAUAAGCCUGGAAUAUGUAUUGCUGAGGAUCAAAUGCUGCGAUUUACGUCGAUUUCAACUGUUUGCCACCUCGUGGCUGUUAGCGUAGACAGGUAAACAUGAACUUGCUGCUACUACUUCUUUCGUUGUUUUCGUUUCGUUUUGUUUUGUUUUACAAAAUAGCAAUGAGGUUAAUUCUUAAAAUAGCAGUGACUUAAACUGUGAAGAGCCACCUUAACUAUUAAGUCUAUUCUAUAACUGUUAGGUAUCUCGCCAUUAUUCAUCCUUUGAGGUACAAGGCGAUUUUUACUCACUCAAGAUGCAUUUCUGUCAUUCUGAGUAUCUGGUUGUUAUCAGCUACCAUGGCUUUGGUCCAGCUAAGUUGGAUGAACCCAGUAGAUCACGACCCACAUCAGGAACUCACCCCUGACGUAAUUAAGAAGGAGAAUAUUUAUGACGUCACAUGCGUCCUUGCUUUCACUGUUGUUCCGUUAGUCUGUAUGGUCUUCGUCUAUGCAAGAAUCUUCAAUGAAGUCUCGCGACAGAUCGAAUUCCUCCGAAAGCAAACUGCGCCUGAUAGCCAGGAUUCUCGAAAGCUGAAAUACGUCGAGAGGAAAGUUGUGUCAACUUUUGCAGUAAUGUUAUUGGUCUAUGCCGUUUGCUGGUUGCCGUACUUCGUCCUUCGACUGUAUCGUCUGGAUCAUAUAAGUGUUAUUAUCAUGUACGUCAUCCUGUGGCUGCGAUUCCUGUCGUCCUUCCUAAACCCAUGUUUAUACAUCUUUGGAAAGAAGGAUUUCCGAUUGGCUCUGAAGUGGUCAGGGAGGAAAGAUAAACGUUACCAUUAUAAAGACAUGAUUCCGCUCAAACUUGUGGGGGCUCCAGUGUAAAACUCAAUGCAAGGACAUUCAAAGCGUGGAAUCUGUAAAUCUGUCCCAGAGGAGGCAACAGACGCAGAUACAACUAAGGCGUCGGCUGCAAUGUAUUAAUUCCGCUUCAGUUAUACUUUCAGUUUAAGAUGGAAUCAGAAAUUUUACCUUGUUCUAAAACUUCAAAUCUGUGAGCUAUAGCUGACGGAAUUAAUAUCUCACCAGUUGCGAGGCCGUUUUCAUCAACAAGACUAAUAUCCACAAGAAUUAAACUUUUUGACUACAAUUAACAAUCAAGUUGUAUGCUAGUUUACUUGAAUUGUAUGCGAACGUAAGACCCCCACUGGAAAAUGAAACCCAUACCUUAGCCGAAUACAUAAAGAAUAAUUCGUGGGCGCACGUAUACGUAGAAUUUCUCUCCGAGCGUUUAUUUAAUUCGAUACCUUGCGUUGAAUACGAGAAGAGAAAUUUCACAUCUGCAAGCAACCAUGUAGUUUAUUAUAUAAAUAGCAUAGGCCUUUGCUGAUAAGAAAAGUCGACUUUAUUAACGGUAUACGCUUUGUCAUUCUUUUAUCAUCCUGACAAAGUGAUGCAAAAAGCGAGUGACGUGUCAGCGGCAGAUUGGCGGUAUCAAACACAG